GCCGGCGGUCGCAGUGCUCGUGUCCUCCGAGCUCGCUCUUCUCCGGCGUUCUCUCCAAGCGGCGCUAUUGGUGUUCCGUCACCGCCCGGGCUGCUCGGCCGGCAGCUCCGUGCAGAGACAGCCAUCGGUGCGGCUCGCAGGAGGCAGCCGGCUCUUCGUGGCGCCGCAGUAUCAUGUGAAAGAAGUUGCGGUUCUUCUUUGGAAGUGUCAGUAAUUCUAGGCUCUCUCAGAAGGACUGCAUAUGGCCCUGUAAGUAUGAACUAUGGUUCUCUGAAAUCACAGACCUCCCUUGUCAGGGAAUUGCCACUACAGAGCGUUCUGCUUGUAGCUCAUCUUGCUGGCAAUGGCUGUGGCUGCUGCAAAGUAUGCUUGCAGCAGGGAUACUCCUCACUUGUCGACCUGUACCAGGCCAGCUCACUUCAAGAUGUAUUUUCAGCUCUUUUUCCCUCUCCUCUCCUCUGCUGAAGGACAUGUGCUGAAAGAAGGUGUGGAUGAACUAUGGGUUGACUUUGACCAUGUAUGGCUGGAGAAUAGUUCAAAUAUGUAAAUUUCCUUAAUGUCUGUCCUGAAAAAGCAGUUCUUACUCAAGGUCACUAGCUUGGCCCUACUAUCCUUGGCCUGCCAAAAGGGAGUGCAUGUCCCUCUGAGAAGGGCAGGCCCUUGAGCUUUGGUCUAGGCCUCAGAGAGAGUUCCCAGGCUAAACUAUAUGUUUGAUUGCACUGACAUACCUCUAUUUUUGUUUUGUUAAGCAUCUUCUGACUGAGAGAGAUGAAAUCUAAAAGAUGCUUUCUUAAAUCGUUUAUUUCUGUAUUCUCCUCAGAGAUGUGCAGGCUUAAGAGCAGGCACUGGGAGCUGCCAGGCCCAGAGAGUGUUGAUGCACAAAAUCCAAGUGCUCAGUCUAAAGCCAGCACUUCUUUUGGGGGAUGUGAGGGAUAAGAGGAAAGCCAGCUUUAAAAUUGUCCCAGGAAGGAAAGCAUUACUGUGUAAAGCACCGAAGAAUGAGCUGGGAUUGUAAAGCCCCUCCUCCAACUGGUGCAAGCUUCCUGGGGCCGGCAUUAUUGCUCCUGAAAUGUGCUGUUAGUGCAAGGUGUGAGAGGACCCAGUGGUUGUGACAGUUGACCCUGAGAAGGUGAGUUUGAAAAGAGUAAACAUACUGAAAACAGUCUAAUGAAGAUUUGUUACAGCCAGCUCAUCUAAUCAUGUUUUAAAUCUGUUAUGUCCAACUCAGGGGCUGCAUGCAGUUUGGCACAGCCCAUCCUGCGGGCACUCCCUGCCCUGCACCAUCAUGGCAAUGACACUUCCUCACCAGCUCAGCCCUAGGUGUGUGCCCAUCAUUCAGCAUCAAUCAAACAUCAGCCCAAGACAGUUCCUCUUCACUCAACACAGCCCAGGCAAGUCAAAAGAGGCAGACUUACAGAUCUGCCAAGAUAGAGCACCAACAUGUUGCACCAAAAAAAUGGAAGAGAGCUACCAGGCAGCUGUUCGAAGAGAGAGGACGCAGAGUAUCCAGGCACUGAAUUUUGAACUGAAGUACAUGAUUGUUGGCCACACCACAGCUUUUCAAGAGGCCUUUGAGUCCUUCCUGCGCUUAGCUGAAAACCGCACAAGAUCUCUGUUUGAGACAGCUUACAGACCUAUGGCAAAAGAAGCAGCAGAGCCUGUUAAAGAACUUUUUACAGACAUCUCCCUCUACAUCCUGGGUGCGGACACUACAGUGGAAAAUGCAGUACUACGUUUUUUUGACAGUCUUUUUCCUCUGGUGUAUAGUCGGCUAAUAAAUCCAGGAAUUACUGAUUUGUCAGAGGACUAUACAGAGUGUCUUCGGCUUACAAGACAAGACAUAAAUCCUUUUGGACACUAUUCUAAAAACAUGGUUACAGAGCUGUCAAAAUCUCUUUGGGCAAGUAGGAUGCUCAGCCAGGCCCUCAGUCUGGGCACUGAAGUGAUAAAUACUACUGAACACGCUGCUCUCACCAAGGAGUGCAGUAGAGCUCUAGUGAGGAUGCAGUACUGCCCACAUUGCCAGGGUCUGACACUAAUCAGACCCUGUGUUGGAUACUGUCUGAAUGUGAUGAGGGGCUGCUUGGCCAGCGUGUCAGAACUGGAUAUGCAAUGGAGGGAGUAUAUCUCCACGCUGGAAUAUCUGACUAACGAAAUGGCUGCCUCGCAUGAUCUGGAAAUGGCACUGAUGGGAAUCUGGAACUCCAUCAACGAAGCCAUCCUGCACGCACAGUUGAAUGGACCACAGCUUUCUGCUACAGUUGAUAAAGUGUGUGGACAGCCCAAACAGCAAGAAGGGAACCUGUCAUCAGGCCAUAUAGUGCCACUGAAGGAAGCAACUGAAGCCCAGACGCUUGUGUUGGCCCAUGCUAGUCUGAACAAUAAAAGAAGUUCUCUGCCUCUGAAGGCUUCAAAGAAUGACAAAUCAAGAAGUUUGAAAAAAAUCUCUCGAGAAUUCAUCAAUUAUAUGAAGCGAUCCCGAACCUUUUAUGCCUCUAUAGCAGAAAGGCUGUGUGAUGGAGACCUGGUGAUGAGAGACAGCUCAACCUGCUGGAAUGGAGAAGAUGUUGUGGAAAGUUAUACCAGCAGAGUUGUUUCCAGUGGACUGAAGGCACAAAUUAAUAAUCCGGAACUGAAAGUCAGAGGACUAGACCCACUCAUCAGCACUUUGAUUGAUAAACUUCAGAACUUUAAUCAACUGGAUGCUGAGAAGGCAAAAUUAAAACUGGAGAGAUGGGCUUCCCGAGAUGCUGGCAGUGGGGGAGGAAGAAGCGAAGAGUUGGAGACAAGUGGGGACUGUGAUGAUGAGGAUGGCUGCCAAGGAUCUGGUGACAGGAUUCACACAGCAGUGCUGUGCUGUAAGGAAGGAAGGGUCACUGCAUCUGGAGGUGGGAACUUGAAUAUGACCCCAAGUUCAGUGCCAGAUAUACUCAAGGACAAGAAAACCCAUCCAGAAAACAGAAAUGAACCGAAACCAACUGUGAGAAAGAUUGUCACCACAACCACCGCAAGCACUGUCAAGUCAUCCUCUAAACACAGCGUAACUGGAAAUGGGAGCAGUGCAGCCCUGAGUUCCUCACUUGUUAUUUUAACAGCACUAGCAGUUCUGUGGCCUUGUCCCCCAUAGCUGCACACUAUUGCAGCCACUGCACAAGCCUUUCUAUUCACUGUCGUUGUAUACCUGCAGCCUUACCCAGAGAAAACAAAGCGAAAUAGCUAUCUAUUUUACUUGAUAUGUUAGAAUAAAUAUUAAACAGUGUGCUGCAGUUGGCAGAUAGGAAGUGUCCUCACCUAGAGUGAAGGUAGCUUUUGACACAGCCCAGCCAGGAUGCAGAGCAAAUGAUGACAGGAGUUCAAGUAGCUGAAGCUAUGGGAUAGAAAUAAUUGAGAACACAAGAUCUGUGUAUGUGUGUUACUGUUUUUCUCAGUUAUGUUCACUGGAAUCAGACUGGCUGUGGUUUUUUUUUUAAAUUUUUCCUGAUAAGUCCAAGCAAUGGUCAGUCUUUGAACCUACACCAGUACACCCAUUAUUUCUCCAGUGAGCGGCUAACAAGCUAUGUUGUAAAACAUGUUAAAGUGAAGUACUUUGACCAACUUGCUGAAAUUCCUAAGUGGUCAAGAAGAUCAAAGCAUGUCUGAAACUUCUUUUAACUGCUACUGCUUAGAUUGUAGGAAGCCACACAAAAGCAUAUGGUGUGUUUAAUAUAUCGGUAUAGUUGCCUUAACAAUUGCAAAAAUUAGAAACACUUUGUUUACUGAGAGCAAUAUAGAUAGUGAGUUUCCCUGCCCCACAAAAUGGUAUCACCAAAUGCUCGAACAUAUGCUCAAGGCUUAUGGGAUGAAUGUCCAGCAGUGGGAAAUACAGGCAUAAUAGUAUUUCCUCCAGUUGAAUGCAGUUUUGUACAGUGGGGGAAGGGAAAAAAAAAAGAUCAUUCACUUAAAAUUCACUUUGUCUGUUGUUAAAGAGAGCAUAACUUACAUUUUCCAUGAAGGACUGAGAGAUGUAAGUUAAUGGGAACUCACAGUAUACCAAGAUUUUGGGCAUUGUGGAUCUCUGAAAUCAACUGUUACAUAAAAUCUGUAUUAUUUAAUUACACUUAAUGUUUAAAAUUUUCUAUCACUAUACGUGUAAAUGUAAAAAAGUCAAAUCUAGAAUAUUCUCUAUUCCAUCUCAUCUUGGUUUCUACCCUAGAAAAUGUCAAAAUGUGCAUUAUAUUGCAAGGCUUCUUCUUUUUUUAAUCCAUCAGAUCUUGAUAUAUUUUAACUUUUCAAAUGAAAAGUACUAAACUUCUAAUGGGUGGAGUGUCAAUGUGUGUUUUCCAACAGCUAUGUUUACAGUACCAUUGAAUAUAUAUAUACGAACACAACUGUAUGAAUACAGUGAUUAAUGAUAAAUACGUGAAACAUUAGAAUUGUUAUAUUUGCUGCAUUUCAUAACUGUUGCAACAACUUAAUGGUCAUUUUCAUGUUGUAGACUGUUACUGUGUACAGUUUUAUAAGAUUGAACGUAAAACAUUUAUCUUUGUUUUUUUGUAGAGCAUCUCUUCUGAUACUUAGAGUUACACAGCCACUGACAUCAUUCAGAAGAACUCUAUGACUUACUAAUCAGCUUCAGGCAUUUUAUUGAAAACCUUGAUUGUGAAGGGCAUCUUGAUUUAAAGGAGGUGCUGUGUGCCAGUAUUACUAAGUGCCAUUGUAUACAAAGUGGCGAUAAUACAAGACAGUACAAUACAUAACCAGACAAAGACUCACUAUGCUUGCCAUGUUUUCAGAUAGCAUUAUUGAACAUGUCUAAUUAUAUUUGCAGAGGUGGGGCCUUCGUUGUUUGUUUCUUUUUAAUUGGGCUGUAAGUUUUCAUUGACAGAUAUAAAAGAGGAAUCAGAACCAUUGACACACCCCGGUGUGAAGGAGUUGGCUCUAAAGUGAAAAAAAAAGAUGUCUAAAAGUAUUCAGUUUUAAUGUUGAAGCAAGGAGGUGAAAUAGAAAAAGAUUCAUGUGCUAACAUGAAAUAUUUUCUAUUUUGUGUUCCGAUUUUUCAAUAUGGUAAGGUUAUUAAUAUCACUCAGUAGGUAAGGUUAUUAAUAUCACUCAGUAGGGCUUUCCAAAUCAUAUCAGUGUAAAUCAGGUUUCCCAAAGGCACAAGAAUGUCUGUCCGGUGCUUUCCAAAGUUUGUGAGCUGUGCCAGUCUAUUGAACCAGAAUUACAAAUCCUACAGUUUGCAUUCAUUUUCACUGCCCUUGGGAAAAGUGCACUUCUACCUGAGGAGAUGUACUGUGAAAGAACACCAUUGCUCCUUGCAGCCUUAAUGCAUCGGUUGUGACUGGUACUGUUAAACAGCCUGGUCUCUGUGUACACAUGGAAAUGUGCUUUUAGUGCACACAUGCAUCACCAGCUCCUCGGGUAAUACUGAUCACUGUGGCUUCACUGAAGCAGAAUAACAUUUUUCAUGCUUAUGAACAUGGUACAUUCUCACAUUUGAGAUCCUGAGUCAUCAUUCAGGCACACAUGUUGGCAUUUGCACCGUUAAGUCUCCAUCAGUAUUGCUGUGGAUAGGGAUAGGGUUUCAGGGUUAGGCUCUAACAUUGCCACGUUCCAGCAAGGCAGCUUGGCCUUUUCAUUUCUCACUUGGAGAGUGGGAACUUGAAUACCUGGAACGUACGUGUCUUUUUGAGGUCUUUGUGCUUUUAGGGCAGGGCAGUGAUCCAGAUAUCCUCGUACUGAGCUGUAGCAGGGCAAGUUGCAUGUGUGGAAUAACUCACCGAGGGGAUUUUUUUGUUCUUGAUAAAUCUCGUGACCUUGCUAAACAAAAACCCCUGAAAAAUUAAGUAUUUGAAUUUUGGGUUUGGUUAGCAAGUUUUUGUAUGAGGUAGUGUUGAUUCUGUGGUCAUCUCCUGUGUUCCUGUGACAAAACUAGAACAAGCUCAAACAGCAGGGUAAGGUAAGUCCAUCAAUUCAUUUUGUUAAUAGGCACGGGACAGGAGAAGAGACUGCAGAGGAUUCAGCUGCUACCAAUGCAUUUCACAGUGAUGUACUUUUUCUCUGUAAGAAGAGUACUGGUCAUGAGAUAUGUUCGUAAUGUGCAUCAGAAGUGGUACAGCUUUUAAGAGCAAUGCAGUAUAUUUUUACUGGUACUUUAUGAUUUUUUUUUUCCUCAGGAUCAGUUGUAUUUACAUAUGAAAAAGUAUUUUCCAUCAAACAGAAAAACUAUACUAGCAAAGGCAAGACCAGCUGGCUGCGUCAGACAGGAGGUGUUCCUUUUUAGAUGAAUAAGAUGAAAUAAAUCUUAUUUUGAUAUCAGGGCCCAUGUAAUUCUCAGUAAUUACAAAGGUCUAAAUUGAAAAUACUUUUGAACUUGUCUUUGUAACCUUAAUGUAAAAUAACAUGCCAGUCUAAGACCAUUGCUGUAGCUUCACCUAACAGUUAUGAAUUGUAUGCAGCCACUGCUUUCUGGAUGUUUAUUGUUGAGCUACGACCUUCUUGUAGUAUUUUGCCAGUGUUGGAAAGGAACUGCUGUCAUGCAUUUGAGUAGAAUCAGUCUAUAUUUUUCUCUUGAUAGUGGUGUAUGCUUCUUAGCAAAUAAGGUGGAAUUGCCGUGGACAUGCAGUCACUUCUCUGUGUUUGACUGCUAUUUAGGCAACAUGUUCCAUCAGGUUCAUGUGAAAGGUUUGAGAAAUUCCUGUGUCACUGUUCUCCUUCAUGGCUAUGGAUGCAUCAGGGAGAAAAGCCAACACAGACGGACAAAAGCGUGUAUGGCUGCAAUGUGCCAAUGCAUGACAACGUCCAGCUGUCUUUUCUGAGGCUCUGAGCCAAGCAUUCCUCUCUAGUUUUCAAACAGCUUUUUACACCUCUCUAAGUUAGAGCGUGGAGACUGGCCAGGCAAAGAGCAGCUGGAGAAUCUACAGACUACAUUUUAAGGCAACUUCACUGACACCUCCUAUGAAUUGCACUUGCUUUGCAGUUUGCAUGCUCUCUGAAAAUUGGUAGCUCAUUUUCAACCUUGCAUUUUUUUCUGGUUUGCCCGUUGCAAAUGCUAUGCCCUGUCCUGGAGCGGACCAGAUACUUGGUCAUUGUGUGAAGAACUGCGAUUCUGUUCUCUCAAUAAUGAACCUUCUGAGGUACAGAUGUCUGUCAGAGCCUGGUAGAGCAAUAGAGAUAAUAACGUCCAGCUGCAUUUACUUCAGAGGCACUGCGUAUGGGUAUCUGUCUAUGAGAAUCACAUCUCUUUGAUCCCUUAAAUCACAUGCCUAUUUAAUAUAUUCCUAUUUCCUUUUGUCACCAGGUCCGCACCAUGUAUGAUUAUGUUUCAAUUUGAAUCUCUAAUGCUAUAUGCUUCUUAGUAUUGUCCUGAUGGGUGCUGUGUGCAGUCUACUUUUUAAUGUUAGAUGAGCCUUUUUGCCCACAUUUACUGUGCCGUUGUUAUUCACUACUGCACACGGUUAGUUUUAAGCAAGACCUGUUCAAGUGAAAGAGGCUGAAGCACAUUAAAGUGAGGUACUGAGUAGUAAAUGAAUCCAGAAAGUCCUUGUGUUGCUGAAUGGGCCUCUUCACAUUAGACAGAUUAUAAUGUUUAGCUAAAAUUAGAGUCAAGACUUCAUAACUGGUGUGUUCAAGAGGAUUUCAGCCCAGUUUUUAAGCAAUGCUUAAAAUAUGCUUUCUUCAUCUCUCUCUAUGGAGUAAAGAUAAGUCUGUACAUAUAGGGAACAUUCCCUAAAAUGUAUUUUGCACACUGACUAGCACAGCAUCAGAAGUGCUAAUAUCACGACUAGCCGAGAGCAUUUGAGACAUAUAUAUUCAGUUUUAGCUUUUCACUAAUCACAGUGCUUCUUUCAACGACAUAGGGCACGUUAAUGAAAAGUGAGAUGUGACGGUCAAUGUUGCUAUAGCUGUGAUGUGUCUGAUUUAAAAAGGACGUGAUGAUGUCUUACACCUGUUGCCCCAUAAGACUGGAAUUGUUUUCUGGUUUGCACUGUCACUCUCUAAGGAGCUACAUUUGAAUUGUGUUAAAUAUUAAACCAGAAAAGAAAAUAGGCCAAGAGACUAUAAUAAGUAGAUAAAAAAAAUUCCAAAAAGUAUCCUGUAUUUAAAAUAGAGAAUGCUCCUAAAUAAGAAAUUCCAUCCAAACUAGAACAUUUUUCUAAGUCCCUUUUCCUGCCUCUGUGUUGAGCCCCAUUCCUUUGCACUCCAGGCAGUGCAGUACAAAGCUUGGAUGCAAGAAACUGCUGCGCUCAGUUGAGGAAAAUGAAACUAUUGCUGCGUAGUGAAAUUUUGCUUUUAUGAGGAAUGUAUUCAAACUGCUGGUGCAGUUACUUAAGCACUUGUACAGUAAAUAGCCGCAGUUGGUACAGCUCUCCAAAGAGGCUGCUGGACGCACAAUGAAGCAUGAUUUUUGCCUCACUCCCAUGCAACUGAGAUCAGACUUGGUCCUUUAAUAGGCUGAUUAGACAUUCUAAUUAUUAUCGACACUGCAGUGAUUCCCCCUGCAAAAAUGUAAUGCUUUUCUUAGAGAAGGACACACAAGAGAGGCCACUGAUGCUUUCAUGAGGUGCACAAAGUGCUUUGUUAAGCAGCCCAUAACCACCACUGAGGUUUUUUUGGUGGUGUUUUUUUUUUUUCUUUUCUGUGCAAAACGCAUUAAUACUGCCUUGCAAAAAUAUGCUGUUUGCACUAAAUCAUUUCAAUUAAUCUUUAGUAAAUUACCCACUACUUUGUAAUUAUAAUAUUUGCAGCUAAUUUAGUGCCAUUCUAGAAAAUCAUUUGUUGUAUAAUAUAAGCAAUUAACAUUUAUUCAUUUUUUCUGUUGCAGGGAGAUACAUAAAUUAUCCUCAGUGGCCUUUCUGUACACCUAAUUAGCACCUGUUUGAAUUAUUCUACAGGCUAUGGACAUUUCAUUUGGAAAAUAAAUGCAUUGCCAGUUUCACAAACUACUUGCAAAUAUGCAGUUAUAAAAACUCAUGAAUAGAAAACCAUGUUUUCAUAUGUCUUCUCUGUGUAUGAGGUAGGCUAGGCUCUUAGGCUAUUACGCAUGGAAUAGGUGCUGACAUUUAAAAUGCAUUUAAAAUGGAAAUAGUCAGAUGCCUCUUUCCCAUCAUUCAGUACACUAUCCCAGAUUUAUGUUGUGUUCUGUAAUGAAAAGGAAAGCAAGGGGACGUUGAGAAAAUAGCUCCCAGUGUCACUCCCAGACUUCUGUAUAUGGUUAUACAGAUAAAGAAUUGUAUUAAUUAGAGACUAUCUGAAGCAUUGCUAUGCUGGAGUGUCAAAGAUACUGUGUUAAAGUGGUGGAAAUUAAAGCAGAUUGUUUCGAUAUUCUAAGUAGGCUUCAAGAUAAAGAUUCAUUUUCUGUUUAAGUUCAUAGUAUAUUGAGUAAGAUCAUCUGAUCUUUUUAAAACUGAGAUCUGAGACAAACUUUCUAUCAGGAAUGUCAAUAUGAAAUACUGGUCAUGUAUGAAAUUAGAAAAUUAGGAAACUGAAAAGCUUUGAGAUUUCUCCAUGGGUAUGAAAUGUUGCAGUGGGCCUUCAGCACCCAUAAAUCAGCACGGCGCCUUUCAUUUCAGUUUAGCUGUGUAAAUUUACCCUAACUUAGUAUCUGUCCCCAGAAUGAGAUUUCUUUCCUAUCUUUCACAUGGGUAGAAAAUCAAGAGUAACUGCGGAGAUUAUGGAAUUUGCAUAACAGUUUUACACUCCCUGUGCCACUGAUCAGAUGGUGUCAUCAUGCCUCAAAAGAAAGUCUACUAACACAUGGGGUGAGUCUUCUGGUGCUUUCCAUUUCCAGGGGCAUGGCCAGGGCCUUUUCAAGAGAAGCAGCAAUGACCUUGGGCUACGAGGAGAUGUCUGUACUGUAACUUUUAGGGAAGAAAGUCAUUCCUGGAGAUAUGUUCAUGUUUUGUUUUAUGCAAAACAUCCAUAAUUGGAAGGAAACCAAAACAAGAUGCGUGGUUCCACAGUGACACACAUUCUCCUGUUUGGAGUUGUUCUUUGUGCAUGCGGUGUUAACAGUCUGUCUGACUGCCGUGAAGGAUAAUCCCCUUUGGCUUUUUGUUUGUUUGUUUGAGUGAAGUACAAUGUAUGGCUUAAAAUCAUGCACAGGCAAAGCUUUUUACAAGUCCACAAAACAGUGAAGAAAAUAGGAAGAUAUUUGGUGGCAAUGUCAUUAAAAAUGAGAAAAUGAAUUUAAGUGGAAUAUUUGAGUUUCCACGUUAGGGAUGAACAAAGCAGUUAAAACCCAUUUCCAGAACAACAGUGUAGAUGCAUACAGAAGGAGAGUAAUGUAGCAGCAUUAAGACAUAAAAUCUUUAUUAUAUGGGGCAGUAUUGGAAUAAAAAUGGAAUCCAGUACGCAAAACCUUGCAUCAUACCACUACUUAUUGUAUGUACUGUACUUUAGCAUCAGAACUAAUAUAGCAUGAAUGCUUACAGUACACUAGGGUAGAAAUUACUGCAAAAUACAUGCUUUACCAUUUAGAUAGUUAAAGAAUUAGUUUGUGGUCUCGUAGUCUUGCUUAGUUCAUUUUAUUUUACAGGAAUUAAUGCUCUGCUUACGUUUGUAUUUUACAUUAGUUGCAUCCUGGGUAUCUUAAAUAAAUUGUUCUUGUCCCAAGCUGUAUUUAAGCUAUAAUAAUUGUUUCUACUUCCCAAGCACAUUUGAUUUGCAGUAUAUCUGCUUAUAUUUGAUCAACUACAUUUGUCAAUGUUCUUUAGUCUGAAUGUUCUUUAGCACUGAAUAUGAUAAAGGCAAUUUUAAAAAGGAGUCUGAAAUCAAUAUCUUAAAAAAAAAAAAACAGAAGAACGUGGCUACUUUGAAAACUUCAACGAUGUGUUUUGUAGAGGACAGUGAGCUAUGAAUUGAAAUAAAAAUAAAUAAUCCACAAAGGAAA